ACUCCUCCCCAACCCAAUUAAAGCCUUUAAUACGGGCGUAGCUCACAAACCAAGCCUGCAGCAAAACAGCCCCUGUCUUGAGCGUCAUCUGCAAGCAGCAUGAGGACUCUCCAGGAAAAAAUUAUCAUCCUUUCUGUUUUUCUGUCUUUGUUAUGUGUCGUUCAGGUUCAUUCAUUGCCUGUACCUGACGACUGGCAUGGCUUAAUUCAGCGGACCAAACGUUCGCUGUUGUGGCGCUGGAACAGUCUGAAGCCUGUCGGUGCCAGCUGCAGGGAUCACCUAGAGUGUGGCACAAAAUACUGCAGGAAAAAUAUCUGUUCUUUCUGGAUCACCACCUGAAGAAGAGAUGCACAAACACCACCAGAAUCUACAAAACAGACAUCUGCUUUAUGGACCACAACUGCCUGUUUUUUUGUUUGUUUGUUUUUUAAAAACUGCCCGCUCCUUUAUUCUGGCUCCAACACUCAUUCUGAGUAAUCAGAUCUUCAUUCACCGCGCUGUGCCAAAAACAAAGCUGUAAAAUCCGGGCAUGCAUAACCAAUCAAAUGGCGCCACCUUAAGUGAUUUGUCUAAAACACUGCUACAACAUCACACAAGCUGUGUAAUCUGAAUGUGUUUUAUAAGAAAAUAUAAAUAUCCAUGCAAAGUUUGA